AUGAGAUUCUGGCGCAUACGCAGAUGUACGCCUGUCCAGGCACCAGCUGCAAGUCCAAGUUCAACCUUGCUAGUGGAGGAUGUGUUGGUGCCAGCUUCAAGUCCAGGUCCAAUCUUGGUGGAUGAUGUCUUGUUGUAUAUCUUCCGCUAUGUUCUACCACCGGAAGUCCCCGACGAACUGGAAGUCGUAUACCGGCCGGCAACGAUUGUCUUGUCACACGUAUGCCACUACUGGCGCCACCUCGUCAACACAUCGCCCACGCUAUGGUCUGUGCUCAGUCACCCUAUAAUCAUGCGACCCACCGUCCUCCUGGAGUUCUUGGAUCGGUCGCUCAACGCGGAUUUAUGCGUACAUCUGUCGGGCAAAGCUGUUGACAUGGCAUCCGAGGAUACUGUCGACAGAUUGUCCCAAAGCUUCCAACUUAUCUCGAUGCACACACACCGUCUGAGGACAUUCAUCGCUCUCGAGCUAUCCCCGAAUUUGACAGCAAUAGUUGCAGCGGGACUAGCGUCUCGUGCGCCUUUCUUGAAACUCCUACACAUAACCUCGCAAGGAACCGUAGGCUCGCAAUUAUUUGGAGACCAAAUGCCUCGUUUGCAGGACGCAUCCAUCGCCAGGAUGCCGAUCCUUUUGUUGCAACUGAGAGGCCUGACUUCGCUGUCCGUGGCGCAAUCAAUGCUCAUGGAGCAGGAUAUUAUGCUGGUCGCGCGCAACUGCCCAGACUUACAGCGGCUCGUUUGCACCAUCGACGAGGACGUGCUGAGUACGGUAUCGGACGCCAUGGCGAGUUCGACUGUGGCUCUGAACUCUCUUCGUGUCCUCGUCCUCUGGACCAAGUCGCCUCACGGUCUGCGGUUCCUAUCGCGUCUGUCUUUCCCAGCAUCCACUCACAUCAUGCUCCACUACAAUUCCUAUUCACACCAAAAUGCUUUCAACCUUGAUUGUUCGGCUUCGAUGCAUACCAUCAUCUCAGGGAUCACCUGCAUGUCCGUGUCCGGGGCUCGAAAGCAUGCGAUUCAGGUAGUGAGCCCUGGUCCUAGUGAUAUCCAGUUCCGAGUCGCAGUUGAGCGAUACGAUUGGUGUGCUCUCCAGCGCUCGCCGCACUAUACGCCCUUUGAUGCCCUUGAGUUCCCUGCACUGGAACAGCUCCACAUCCGGUACGCGGGGGCACCGCUUGUGCUCUUGGAUGGUGACUGGGCGAAGAUCUUGAGCAAGCUUCCAAAUCUGACAAGACUCUCGAUCGUAGACGCGGACUUCUCGGCGUACAACGUAGCCCUCGCGCUUGGCCACAAACCAAUUUGGGGAGGGAGCCAUACGAGUCGUAAUGUGCCGGUGAUAUGUCCUCUCCUGCAGUCGAUCGUCAUCAAUAUCGAACGCGGCAUGGAAAGUGGGCUGCUACCGGGGUUGGCGAGAUCGCUUGCGUGA